CGUCAACCAUCAAUCUCGCGGCCUCGUCACGAUGAGGAUCGAAGAACUCAUCCUAGACGGCUUCAAGUCAUACCCCGUACGAACGACCAUUUCUGGCUUCGAUGAGUCGUUCAACGCCAUCACCGGCCUCAACGGCUCCGGCAAGUCAAACAUUCUCGACGCAAUCUGCUUUGUGCUCGGCAUUACUAACAUGACAUCGGUCCGCGCCGGAAACCUCAUGGAUCUGAUCUACAAGCGUGGCCAGGCUGGUGUUACCAAAGCCUCGGUGACCAUUGUGUUCAACAACCAGGACCGCUCGAAGAGUCCCGUCGGCUUUGAGAACACUCCGCAGAUCACAGUCACCCGACAAAUCGCGGUCGGGAAUGUGUCCAAGUACCUCCUCAACGGACACAAGUCGACGCUCCAGACCAUCCAGAAUCUCUUCCAGUCGGUACAGCUCAACAUCAACAACCCCAACUUCCUCAUCAUGCAGGGCAAGAUCACCAAGGUGCUCAACAUGAAGCCAGCCGAGAUCCUUGGCAUGGUCGAGGAGGCGGCGGGCACCCGCAUGUUCGAGGAGCGCAAGGGCAAGGCUGUCAAGACGAUGGCCAAGAAGGACAAGAAGGUCGAGGAGAUCUCUACGCUACUCCGCGAGGAGAUUGAGCCGAAGCUUGAGAAGCUGCGCGCCGAGAAGCGCUCGUACCUCGAGUACCAGAAGGCGACGAGCGAGCUCGAGCGCCUCACUCGCCUCGUCAAGGCCUAUGAGUGGCGGCUCGUCGUCGACAAGCUGGAGAAGUCGGGCGCCUCGCUCGAGCAGAAGCACAGAGACCUCGCUGCGGCCAAGGAAGACAUCAAGCGUGGCGGCGAGGAGUGCAAGGACAUGGAGAAGGAAAUGGCGGAGAUUGAGGCGCGCCGGGCCAAGGAAAUGGCCAAGGGCGGCAAGAUGCAGGCGCUCGCGGACGGCGUCAACGAGCUCGAGCGUGAGCUUGUCAAGGUCAAGACCCAGCUUGAAAUCAAGGAGUCAACGGUCGCCGAUGACGCCAAGCGCGUCGAGGGCGCGAACAACGCCGUGACAGAAACCAAGGAGGCUCUUGAGGCUAAGAAGGCGGCCUCGGAGAAGGACGCUGCUGCGUACGCCGAGCUGAAGAAGGCGUACGAUGCCGGUGCCGAGGAAUUGGCACGCACGGAGGAGCUCCUCCAGACCCUGCUCACUGGUCUCUCGUCAUCCAAGGACGACGAGGGAGCUGGUGGAUACAUGGGCGCGCUGGCCGAGGCUAAGGCUCGCCUCGCCGCCGCUGGUACCGAGGCAGAGCAGGCCAAAGUCAAGAUCGGGCUGGCCGAGCGCGACAUCAAGGACAAGGAGCCACGCGCCAAGAAGGCCGAGAGGGAGGGUGAGGGCCUCAUCAAGGAGCUUGCUGCCAAGCGCGCCGAGGUCGAGCAGCUGCGUGCCAGAGUGAACGCAUGCGGCUGGGACGAGGACAAGGAGCGCUCCCUCCUCGAGCGCCAGGCCGAGCACAGCCAGAAGAUUGCCCAUCUCUCUGAGAAGCGCGACGCGAUCAAGUCGCGCCUCGCCUCGCUCGACUUUGACUACUCGGACCCCUAUCCCAACUUUGACCGCAACAAGGUCAAGGGUCUUGUUGCGACGCUCGUCGAUCUUGACGAGACCAAUUACGCAUGCUCGACUGCGCUUGAGAUCUGCGCCGGUGGCCGCCUGUACAACGUGGUCGUUGAAGACGAAAAAACUGGCGCGGCACUCCUAGACAAGGGCAAGCUCCGCAAGCGUGUCACUCUCAUCCCGCUAAACAAGAUCAAGGCCUUCCGCAUGUCCGCCCAGACCAUCGCGACUGCCGAGAAGCUUGCGCCCGGCAAAGUCAACCUCGCGCUCGACCUGGUCGGCUGCGACGAGGAAGUCAGCGCCGCCAUGGCGUAUGUUUUUGGCAGCGUGUUUGUCUGCAAGGACAAGGAGUCUGCCAAGGCGGUGACGUUCAACAAGUCUAUCGGCGUCAAGUCCGUCACCCUCGAGGGCGACGUCUACGACCCCUCCGGCACCCUGUCUGGCGGUGCGGCGCCAUCUGGCUCCGGGGUGCUCGUCAAGGUCCAGGAACUCCGCAGCAUCGAAAAGCAGAUUGCCGCGCACAAGAAGGAGCUCGACGCCGCUUCGCGCGAGCUUGCAUCGGCGAAGAAGGUCAUCGACCAGUGGCGCAAGGACAAGCGCGCCGUCGACUUGCGCGCUCACGAGGUCACGCUCCUCGAGGAGCAGGUCAGCGGCAGUAACGCGACGAAGAUUAUCAGCGAGGUCGAGGCUGCACGCAAGACUCUGGCGGAGCUCAAGGCCGUAGUUGAGCAGGCUAAGGAGAAGCAGAAGGCUGCUUCCGCCGACGUCAAGCGUCUCGAGAAGGAGAUGGACGACUUCAAGAACAACAAGGACUCCAAGCUCAAGGAGAUCAAGGCGGACAUUGCCAACAGGAAGAAGGAGCUUGGCAAGAAGACGACGCAGGUCAAGGUCCGCCACAAGGAGGUGCAGACAGCCGAGCUUGAGAUUCAGCAGCUCGAGUCGGACCUCGAGGCUGCCGUUGCCGAGGUCAAGGAGGCGGAGGCGGCGCAUGCCAAGAGCAAGGCUGAGCUCGCUGAGCUGGGCAAGGAGCUCGCCGCGCAGCAGGGCGCACACAAGGCCGCCGAAGCCAAAUUCAAGGCUGAGCGGGCGGUGCUGGCACGCUUUGACAACGAGGUCGCCGACCUUGAGCACGACCUCAAGGCGAAGAAACAGGAGAUUGUCGAUGCCGAGCUCUCGCUCAAGAAGCUCGAGCAUGACCUGGGUCUCGCGAAGAAGGAGCGUUCGUCGUCCGAGGCAGCCAAGGAGAAUCUCGAAAAGCAGUUCCCGUGGAUUCUGGAUGAGCAGCAGUUCUUCGGCAAGCCUGGCUCGCCGUACGACUUCAACGGCGUCAACUUGGCACAGGCGCGCGAGCAGUGCCGCGAGCUUGAGGCGCAGCACAAGGGCAUGGGCCGCAAGAUUAACACCAAGGUCAUGAACAUGAUUGACAACGUCGAGAAAAAGGAAGCGGCGCUGCACAAGAUGAUGAGCACGGUGCUCAAGGACAAGGUCAAGAUCGAGGCAACGAUUGUCGAGCUCGACCACUACAAGCGCGACGCGCUCGCCAAGACAUGGGAAAAGGUGAACGGCGACUUUGGCCUCAUCUUCGCCGAGCUCCUCCCCGGCAACUUUGCGAAGCUGCAGCCUCCCGAGGGCCAGGACUUGACCGACGGCCUCGAGGUCAAGGUGCGCCUGGGGCCGGUGUGGAAGGCGAGCCUGACCGAGCUCUCGGGCGGCCAGCGCUCGCUCAUCGCCCUCUCACUGAUCAUGUCACUGCUACAAUUCAAGCCUGCGCCCAUGUACAUCCUCGACGAGAUCGACGCCGCGCUCGACCUGCAGCACACGCAGCACAUCGGGCAGUUGUUCCGCAACCGCUUCAAGGGGAGCCAGUUCAUCGUCGUGUCUCUCAAAGAGGGCCUGUUCACCAACGCCAACGUCCUCUUCCGCACCCGCUUCCGCGACGGCACCUCCAUCGUCGAGCGCACCGCGACGCGCGCGAUAUACGACAAGGAGAACGACGAGAGCCAGGCGCAGAGCCAGAGCCAGAGCCAGCCGGCGCCCAAGCGGCGCGGCGGCGGCGUCGCGAGGGCGCCGCUUGCCGUCCGAUAGCGGAUCGUGCGAGGUCGUUCGUGCGAGGUCGUUCGUCAUAAUGUCCUAGCCUUGUAGAUCAUGUUGUAUAAUUGCUUGCCUUGGUC